UUUACAUUUGUGGAUUGGAGAUUUACAUUUGUGGAUUGGAGAUUUACAUUUGUGAAUUGGUGAUAUACAUUUGUGAAUACUUGUGGCAUAAUAUUGAUCCCAUAUAGGCCCUAUAUGUGCCACUAAUCCUGUAGACCAGGAAGUAGAGAGUUGCAGGAGCUGAACCACAGUGUGCUGCUGCUACACUUCUAGAAAUGAAGUCAACCACCUGACUGUCUUUGGCGUUUCACACUGCUGGGUCAUGUUCUUUAUGAUAUGCAACAGAAAACACAUGAAAACAUUUUGCAAUGGAAAACAAAAAUGAGGGCUCAUUGUACAAGUGCAGCUUGUCCCUACUUGUUUCAGUCCGUUUUCUUCCGUAUGGUGUCUAAUGAACACGAACAAGCAUGAAAAGUGUGUUAUGGUUUAGGGAGGAUUAGAUUAUGUCAUGUUAUGGUUUAGGGAGGAUUAGAUUAUGUCAUGUUAUGGUUUAGGGUGGAUUAGAUUAUGUCAUGUUAUGGUUUAGGGAGGAUUAGAUUAUGUCAUGUUAUGGUUUAGGGAGGAUUAGAUUAUGUCAUGUUAUGGUUUAGGGAGGAUUAGAUUAUGUCAUGUUAUGGUUUAGGGAGGAUUAGAUUAUGUCAUGUUAUGGUUUAGGGUGGAUUAGAUUAUGUCAUGUUAUGGUUUAGGGAGGAUUAGAUUAUGUCAUGUUAUGGUUUAGGGAGGAUUAGAUUAUGUCAUGUUAUGGUUUAGGGAGGAUUAGAUUAUGUCAUGUUAUGGUUUAGGGAGGAUUAGAUUAUGUCAUGUUAUGGUUUAGGGAGGAUUAGAUUAUGUCAUGUUAUGGUUUAGGGAGGAUUAGAUUAUGUCAUGUUGUGGUUUAGGGAGGAUUAGAUUAUGUCAUGUUGUGGUUUAGGGAGGAUUAGAUUAUGUCAUGUUAUGGUUUAGGGUGGAUUAGAUUCUGUCAUGUUGAGGAUUAGAUUAUGUCAUGUUAUGGUUUAGGGAGGAUUAGAUUAUGUCAUGUUGAGGAUUAGAUUAUGUCAUGUUAUGGUUUAGGGAGGAUUAGAUUCUGUCAUGUUAUGGUUUAGGGAGGAUUAGAUUAUGUCAUGUUGAGGAUUAGAUUAUGUCAUGUUAUGGUUUAGGGAGGAUUAGAUUCUGUCAUGUUAUGGUUUAGGGAGGAUUAGAUUAUGUCAUGUUAUAGUUUAGGGAGGAUCAGAUUAUGUCAUGUUGUGGUUUAGGGAGGAUUAGAUUAUGUCAUGUUAUGGUUUAGGGUGGAUUAGAUUCUGUCAUGUUAUGGUUUAGGGAGGAUUAGAUUCUGUCAUGUUAUGGUUUAGGGAGGAUUAGAUUAUGUCAUGUUAUGGUUUAGGGAGGAUUAGAUUAUGUCAUGUUAUGGUUUAGGGAGGAUUAGAUUAUGUCAUGUUGUGGUUUAGGGAGGAUUAGAUUCUGUCAUGUUAUGGUUUAGGGAGGAUUAGAUUAUGUCAUGUUAUGGUUUAGGGAGGAUUAGAUUCUGUCAUGUUGUGGUUUAGGGAGGUUUAGAUUCUGUCAUGUUGUGGUUUAGGGAGGAUUAGAUUCUGUCAUGUUAUGGUUUAGGGAGGAUUAGAUUCUGUCAUGUUGUGGUUUAGGGAGGAUUAGAUUAUGUCAUGUUGUGGUUUAGGGAGGAUUAGAUUAUGUCAUGUUAUGGUUUAGGGUGGAUUAGAUUAUGUCAUGUUGUGGUUUAGGGAGGAUUAGAUUAUGUCAUGUUGUGGUUUAGGGUGGAUUAGAUUAUGUCAUGUUGUGGUUUAGGGAGGAUUAGAUUAUGUCAUGUUGUGGUUUAGGGAGGAUUAGAUUAUGUCAUGUUAUGGUUUAGGGUGGAUUAGAUUAUGUCAUGUUGUGGUUUAGGGAGGAUUAGAUUCUGUCAUGUUAUGGUUUAGGGAGGAUUAGAUUAUGUCAUGUUAUGGUUUAGGGAGGAUUAGAUUAUGUCAUGUUGUGGUUUAGGGUGGAUUAGAUUAUGUCAUGUUGAGGAUUAGAUUAUGUCAUGUUAUAGUUUAGGGAGGAUUAGAUUCUGUCAUGUUGUGGUUUAGGGAGGAUUAGAUUAUGUCAUGUUGUGGUUUAGGGAGGAUUAGAUUAUGUCAUGUUAUGGUUUAGGGAGGAUUAGAUUAUGUCAUGUUAUGGUUUAGGGAGGAUUAGAUUCUGUCAUGUUAUGGUUUAGGGAGGAUUAGAUUAUGUCAUGUUAUGGUUUAGGGAGGAUUAGAUUAUGUCAUGUUAUGGUUUAGGGAGGAUUAGAUUCUGUCAUGUUAUGGUUUAGGGAGGAUUAGAUUCUGUCAUGUUAUGGUUUAGGGUGGAUUAGAUUCUGUCAUGUUAUGGUUUAGGGUGGAUGAGAUUCUGUCAUGUUAUGGUUUAGGGUGGAUUAGAUUCUGUCAUGUUAUGGUUUAGGGUGGAUUAGAUUAUGUCAUGUUAUGGUUUAGGGUCGAUUCUGUCAUGUUUUGUGUAUAUUGGUUGGAGAAGUAAAAGUUUAGAGAAAUCACAGCCAGAAAACACAGUUUAGAUAAUAUAUUUUUUUAGAUAAUAUCGUUAUAAAACAAAUACUUUGAAUUUUUUUUUUUAACAAAGACGCUUUCUCACAGCUUUAUGACAGAGUUGAUAAAAAGCAAGCAUAAGGAGACUACAGAGGCUCGGACAAACAAGUGUUUGCAGUUUGAACUGAUAUCAGGUGACUUGGAGGAAUCGUUGGAGCUGUGACUGAUGCUAGACAGACAGGGGUGUGUGCUUUGCAUUACAGUCAGGGUUCAUUAAGAUGCAAAACAAUUAAUCCAGGGAUAUGUACUGGUCUCUCAUGCGAUGUCAUCUCAGGGUAAUUCGAUUUUCUGUCUAACGUUGAUCCUUUCCACCACCAUAUGAAUAGAAUAGAAUACAUGCAUUAGGCCUCAUUUAAUUAAUAAACUAUUCCAUCAUGUUGUAUUAGCCAUUUACAAACAGCUCUUUAAAUAACUUGUUUACUACACCCAGUGUGUGAAUGGCAUUUAAAGGGUUAUUAUCACAGCCAGACCCAGCUCAGAACUGUCUGUCCUCAGCUCCAGUCCGAUGCGUGUGGAUAGUCCGGUCCACAGUUUGCGUGUUUCUCCGCAUGUGUAGGGGCUAGGGUAAAAGCCUACAUAGCAGCUUCUUUGUUUAGGAGGGACUAGGCAUGGGAGAUCAUUUACAAGCCGCUAACGCCCUCACCCCAUUGGCUGACGGGGCUCAGUCUGCGUCUGCGAGAGGCAUGCAGUGUGAGCGUGUGUCUGUGUGUGUAUGUCUGUGUGUGUAUGUCUGUGUGUGUAUGUCUGUGUGUUUAUGUGUGUGCAUGUGUGCGUGUCUGCGGCAGCAGCAACUGUUCUCGACACAGCGUCUGUCUUGCAGGCAGGCAGGCAGCCUCUCUCUGCUCUGGCGAUGGUAGUAGAGAGCUCAGCUCUCCUCUCAGAGACUGAUGUAGUAGUAGUCAGCUAUACUUCUAUCUAGAGGCUGAGGGGAGCAAAGCAAAUCAAGAUGGCCACCGGUACCUUGUAGGAAUAUAAUGCUACCCAAACUGGAGGCUCAGUCUCUGAGGACAGACAAGGUGGGGUGCAAGGACGUGGCCAAACCAGCAUUAAAGAAACCAGUUUCCACGGUGGUUCCAGAGGACAGCUCAGUUAAUGUCCAGAUGGCAGAGGACACCUAUACGGCAGCGGAGGACGAGGAGGAGGGUCACAUACCUCACACACACCCUCCCCACGUCCACACUCUUGCCCAAAUCCGAGAUGGGCGACCAGCAGCACUUAUCAAGAGAGAGCCUGGCCUGCAGGACACUAAUGAUGGACUUCUUCUACAGCAUCACUGCUCUUCUUCUGGGACUUUUCACAACGGUGCUAACGAAAACAUGGCUAAAACCAACGGUGCCCAACUGAUUGCUGGUCCGGAAUCACAUCAGUUGUCACCUGAGUCCCAAAAUACCACAAUACAAUUAGAGUCCCAAAGUACUACAAAAUCUACGUACCCCAAAGGCAGCUCUGAGCUGAAGGAUGCACUUCUGGACGACAGCAUAGUUGUUCCCCUGAAGAAGAUAAAGGUGGAGGAACCGUGGGUGUGGUCCAUGGACCAGUCCUCCGCCCCACUAGGGGGCGAUGAUGACGAUGUCUAUGAGGACGCUCUGUCCACACUAGCAGCCGUGGUGUGUUUCUCUAUCACAGACAGGAAGGGUCUGGAAGAGAAGUUGUGUAGCUCCCAAUCCCCGGUGCUACGCUCGUUCAAAACAGAGCCGGAGGACUUCAAGGUGGAUAUUUGCUUGAAAAGUGCUCCCAUCAGUCCACGAAAAGCUCUCGACAUUAUUGUCAAACGAGAGCAACCCUCUCCAGAUCUCUCUCAGCCAAGCAUCCAGUCUUUGGUAGAAGAGAGGAAUAUUAGCAAUGACCAGGCUAUCGCUAUCGAGGCGCUAACCUUACUGGCAGCUAUCCCACAAAACUCCCCAGAACCCUUUAGAACCAACGCACAGGGUGAAAACCCCACCACACCAUCCAUGCACUUAUCCAAUAGAAACACCCCUCUCCAGGGCUCCAACAAAGUUCUAGUGAUCAGCUCCCCUCUGCACCAGACCUCAGUCAUACGCUCCCCUCUGCACCAGACCUCAGUCAUACGCUCCCCAGUGGCCAGACAAGCUCAUGUCAUCCAGUGUCAUUCCCGUAGCCCCGCAGCCACUGGCAACCUGUCCCUACAGGACCUGCUAGAAGCCAGCUCGGACUGUGACAGACUUCCCUACGACAGCACCGAGAGAGCAGGACAACACCUGUACAGGAGAGCAGACCAAGGCCUUGGUUCUCAACAUAACAGGGGCGAAGGCACUUUCAGACAGCGGAAAGACAUGGAGAGGAACAGCAAGGAAACAUUAGAGAGGACGGUGGGUAAGAGCGGGAGGAACAGGGAUGAGGAAGAGGUGGCGGCUCAACUUGCCGAGUUGGCGUUCAUCAUCCAAUCACGUCACAAGCAGCAGGGUUCCCACCCCUCCCAGCACUCAGAGAACAACCCUCCCAGAGGAACUCCAGUCUCAGCCAUCAAGUACAACUACAACUCCGAACAAGCACCACCCAAACACAAGAAGACCUCUGUGAAGAAACCCAGGACCACACUUUCUAAACCUAGGAAGAAGAAGGGAACGGAGGGGCUGGAAGAGGAGGGCUGCAAACCCAACAACCGUACCCCCUUGUACAAACGAAUACCCAACGGCAAGACCCCCCACAGAGCCAGGGUCCAGAAGGUUCUGCCCCAGCCGAAGACAUCAUCGCCUAGCCACAAGAGGAGCCUGUUCCUGCCUCAGGCCCAGAUGGAUCUGAAGAGGUACUUGACUGAGGCUCAGGAGGAACGACGGCAGCUCUUUUACUACAGUAACGCCCACAGUGGGGUCAAAUACCACAAAACCUCUGGAGCCGUCGAUCGUGGUCGAAGUCAAGGUUAUGGUCAUGACAACCAACAGUGGUCGCAUUUCAACGGUCACCUGGACCCUUUACGAGGACAAGGAGUUGGACAAGGACAUGAUUGUGAAAGAGGAUUGUAUUCUCAGGUAUCGCAGCCCUAUGUUGGGCAGCAGCACGGUGCUAACCUAAAGGCUAGCUCCACUAUCCCCAGUUUCACCAGCAUAGACUCUAACAACCACAGAACCGGGUUGAACCAUGGUUUAUCCAAUGGCUACUCCUCUGGGGGUCAACAGCAGGGGUAUUACAAAGUGGAGAGGUCCGGUCCGGUCACCGUCUUGUCCACGUCAGCUAACGGCGAUUUGGAUCUAUCAGAGGAGUCGACACCCACCAAACACAACGUGAACAGCUUCCUGGAAUCGCCCCUCAGCUUCCUGGACACGCCCACUAAGAAUCUGCUUAACACCCCCUCCAAGAAACUCUCUGAGAUCCCCUCCUGUGGAUGCAUGAAGCAAAUCAUAGAGAAGGAGGAGGGUCCGUAUUAUACUCACCUUGGUGCUGGACCCAGUGUGUCAGCCGUCAGAGAGAUGAUGGAGAACAGGUAUGGAGAGAAAGGGAAGGCGGUAAGGGUGGAGGUGGUGGUGUAUACUGGGAAGGAAGGACGCAGUUCCCAGGGCUGUCCCAUCGCCAAAUGGGUGAUCCGUCGGGGCAGUGAGGAGGAGAAGCUGCUGUGUCUGGUGAGACACCGGGCAGGGCACCGCUGUGAGAGUGCCGUGGUGGUGAUUCUCAUCUUGGCAUGGGAGGGCAUCCCCCGGGGCGUGGCAGACAGUCUGUACCAGGAGCUCACCCAGACUCUCUGUAAAUACGGCUCCCCCACCAGCCGGCGCUGUGCACUCAACGAGGAUCGGACGUGUGCUUGCCAGGGUGUGGACCCGAACACCUGCGGCGCUUCCUUCUCCUUUGGCUGCUCCUGGAGUAUGUACUUCAACGGCUGCAAGUUCGCCCGCAGCAAGAUCCCCCGCAAGUUCCGCCUGCUGGGAGACAUGCCGCAGGAGGAGGUGAAACUGGAGCAUCGUCUGCAGAACCUGGCCACAGACCUGGGUCCUGUCUACCAGAGACUGGCCCCGGAGGCCUUCCAAAACCAGGUGGAUCUGGAGCAGGCGGGCCAGGACUGCAGGCUGGGUCGGAGGACGGGCCGACCUUUCUCCGGGGUCACGGCAUGUGUGGAUUUCUGCGCCCACGCUCACAAAGACACACAGAACAUGAACAACGGCAGCACUGUGGUUUGCACUUUAACCAAGGAGGACAACCGUGCGGUGCGUAACAUCCCUGAGGAUGAACAGCUCCACGUCCUGCCCCUCUAUAAGAUCUCACAGAGGGAUGAGUUUGGCCGUGCCGAUGGCCAGUGGGACAAGAUCCAGACUGGGGCCCUGCAGGUGCUGUCAGCUUUCCCCAGAGAGGUGCGUCUGCUGGCUGAGCCGGUGAAAUCAGCCCGUAAGAGGAAGCAGGAGGCCAAGCUGAAGGCCCAGGCUGACAAACAGGCUGCAGCUCAGGACAGGAAGCCUGGACAGAGUCCACUAACCCCGGGCAAGGUCAAGACCGAGAGCACCAACAAAGGUUCCAAAAGCACUUCAUCAGUGGAUCAGUCCUCCUCAUUCAAAGCAGAGCCUCAGCCCUUCUACAGCUCUUUCACACCAGGAAGUGUGGGUGCCUAUGCUCCAGAGUCUAACUCCCCUAGCCCUUACCACCACAGCACUCCCACCUACCCCACUCCUCCAGGAAGAUCCACCCCGGGGAUGGAGGCUCUUUCCCCCCAUCGUCCCGGCAUGCCUUCCACCCAGUACGGAUACAGAGGGCCACCAGGGGCCCAGUGCAAUGGUUCCCCCCUCCAUUACAAGACAAUGGGAGAGGAUGUAAAUGGUUACUCCCCAGGACUCAUCAGAAAGCAGCUGGCGAACACUGAGAGAUGUGGGACACCUGGUGACUACCCCCCCAGGACGUUUAAAAUGGAACCCAACGAGGUGCACUGCUCCCCUCUUGUCAGACCCCCCCACAGCCACAGUACUCCUCCUCCAUCCUCCUCCUCCUUCUCCGCCCCCCUCCCCCACCCAGAGGGCCUCCACAGCAGACUCAACGGGCUCCCCGGCGUGGCGGAGGAGAUCGGGGACGGGGUUAAAGGUCAUGGAGGUCAUGACCUCCCCCACUGUGCCACUCAUCUCCCCCUUCAGGCCCCUCCCCCUCUCUUCCCCAACCCGGAAGAGGUCAAACAGGAACAGGAAGAGGUGUGGUCAGACAGCGAGCACAACUUCCUGGACAGUGACAUUGGUGGGGUGGCGGUGGCUCCCUCCCACGGUUCCAUUCUGAUUGAGUGCGCACGCAGAGAGCUCCAUGCCACCACCCCCAUCCUCCGACCCGACCGCAGCCACCCCACCCGCAUCUCCCUGGUCUUCUACCAGCACAAAUCCCUCAACGAGCCUGACCAUGGCCUGCACAUGUGGGAGGCAAAGAUGGCCCGGAGGGAGCGGGAGAGGGAGGAGGAGGCUGAGAGGAUAGGGAUGGGCCUGGACCUGGAAGAGGUUAGCCCGGUCAAGGGGAAGGGGAAGAGGGGGAAGGGGGCCGGGGCUGAGAGUGUGGAGCCUGAGGAGGAGGUAGAAGAGGAGGGCCCGGAGGAGAAGAAAGGGGUAUUGAAGGUUCCUACCCGGCAGGCGGUGACCGUAGCGCGGGAUGGGGUGGUCACUGUGUCCCCUUAUGCUCUGACACAGGUCACGGGCCCCUACAACCGCUGGACAUGAUACUGUUAUGUACACACACGUACACAGGCACACAUUCACUCACAGACACAUACAGCGAUUACAUUUUAACACACACACACACCACCCUGUGCUACUUACUGCCUUACCUCAAUCAACUUUACACUUCUAAUCUCCUUUUUCUGUGUUAUUUCAUUGUGUUACUUUUUCCAAACGUAUGUCUGUUUAUUUUUGUUUCUCUUCGUCUCUGCUUUCAAAGUGAUGAGGAAGAAUAUCGUUUGUGGGUUUUUAACUGUGACUUUUAGUGUUUGGUGAUGAUUUUUGCGGUCUGGUUUUUUCAUGUAAAGAGAUGGUGCUCAGAACCAAUUUUAAAUGUGUUUUUAAACUGGUUUUAAAUACAACUUGAUUAAUAAGAACAAACAAGAUGUGAUUAUUUAUUCUGACCAUUUUUCAAAAACUAUUUUUUUAUUUUAUUUCUUGAUGCAAGCCUGUUUACUGCAAUUUUGCUGUCAUCCAGCAUUUUACACUAGUAAACACUCAUGUCAAGUCUCUAUGGUCUUUGUUUCAGCCAAGAGUGCUCUUUUCACAAAAGGAGUUUUAUCAAUGAUUGAUCAUGUAAUGGUGCCAUCUGUAGCAGCAACUUUCGAUAAACACACCACAUAUUACACAGUAUGUAAGACUAGACUACACACAUUUACUCUAGUUUUAUGUGAAAACAAUGUAGCAUGGUGCUUUUCCUUCUCUUCCCGUUCCUCUAUUGGUGGUCAUGAAGGAACUUUACUACCUUGUUUUGGGCUGGAUCGUUUUAGUCUUUUUGUUAAACGUACAGAUAGAUAGAUAUAUGAUGACAUAUUGAAAAAGCACUUUUUUAUUUUUCAUAACUUGAAAAAGGUCCCGUUCCAAUAUGUACAGAUAGAGAGUUAUAUCCGACAGCUUGUUUGAAACCUGUUCGUUUUUUUGUUGUAGAAUGAUUUUAUUCAUCUAUGAAUUUGUAACAUUAUAAAUUGCAUAUCAGUCUCACACAAAAAACUGGCUUACUAAGCAAUUAUGAAAUGCUGCAUAUAAAGAUUGUGUCAGAUUAUGGUGCUUGUUUUCAACGACACUUCAUUUGUAUGAAUCUGGAUAACCAUGUACAGUAUGUUCACUGAAGACCUGGGUUCAAAUACAUGUGUAUUUGAGUAUCUGGUAUUUAAAAUGCGUUUUUCUAUGUAUUUGAGUAUUUUCAAAAUACACAGCCCAAAAUAAGUACUUUUAUUUGAAUAUUUUAAUGGUUGAUUGUAAAAACCAAAUUGAUAGUAUUUUCAAAUACUUAUGUAAAAUACUAUUUUCAAAUACCUGGGUUAAAUGCAUGGGAAUGUAUUUGCAUCAGUGUAUUUGAGUAUUUUCAAAUAGUUUCCAAAUAUCCAGAUGCAACUACUUGUCUUUUCAAAUAAUUACUUUGAAUGUAUGGGAAAGUAAUUGAGAUAUUUGAAAUAGUAUUUUAACCCAGGUCUGGUUCACUGUCUGAACUUCCAGCGUGUUUUAAAUAGGACUUGUCUGUUUUUGAUACAGACACAGCUGAAAAGACCACAUAAAACCUGUUCAGAAAUGGUGACUAUAUUACUGUAUGUUUCUUACAGGCGCUGACAGCAUUUCUAUCCUCUCUUUUUAACUGACUAGGGCAUUGAUUGGCACGUAUGUUUGUCCAUAUACUGGGUAUAAAUACAUUAUACAAGUGGAGAGCAAACCAACACGUAUGUUUGUCCAUAUACUGGGUAUAAAUACAUUAUACAAGUGGAGAGCAAACCAACACGUAUGUUUGUCCAUAUACUGGGUAUAAAUACAUUAUACAAGUGGAGAGCAAACCAACACGUAUGUUUGUCCAUAUACUGGGUAUAAAUACAUUAUACAAGUGGAGAGCAAACCAAUCACAUCCUUUGUUGUUUCUCAUUGCUUCGUCUUUACUCUUUGGGUGAAGCUGCUCUGACAGAAUAAAACACUCCUCAGAUCAUUUCAGCUGCUGUAACAGUGUUGAAAUGUUGUUAAAACGUUGUUUACAUACCAUUUACAUAACUCUUUCACAUGGUAUCUGAAUGUGGCAUACAGGGUUGGGGUUAACUCGUGUCAUUUCAGAAAAGAACCGUAAUAUUCAGAGAGUAUUUUCCAAUUCAACCUUAUUCAGUCAAAUUCAUUUGAAAAUCCUGGAUAGAAGGCUUUUGAAAUAGAAUCAACCUCAAUGCUUGUGGCAUACCGUUUCAGGGUCGAAAUGUAGUUACUUUCUGAUGGUGCUAACUCGUCAAAAUGUGAUGCUGCACUGACAAAGCCUGUGUUUAUUCUAGGGGUGAUGUUAUGAUGCUUUUUGCAUGACUAGCAUUUGCUGUUUCCCUUCUGGAUGGGCAUGCCAUACCCUUGUGCUCUACCAUCUCUGUCCUGAAUGCAUUAUGUACUACAGUACUUCAAUCUUGUCACUGGUCAACUUGAGCAGAGUUACAGAGUAGCAUCAAUUCACUGCAUCUUUUCAUCAUCAGUUCUAGGUCUAUCACGUAUUGAGUCAGACAGUAAGACCUCUGCAGUAUACAGUAUAAACCUGCUUUAAUAGGGGGCAACCAUGUAGGGUAUUCAUCAAUGCUCACAUUAGUCCAUCAUAACCAUGUAAAUAUGGGCCCAUUCACUAAUACUGCAAUUGAUUAGGCAUCUGUUGUAUUGAUAUGUCUCCGUAUAUGCUGGCUCUAAUGCAGCUCAAUGCAGAUAAAGCACAUUUCACUGGUGCUUUCAUUUGAGUAAUACACAGAUCUGGAUAUAUGUUUUUUUCUGUCUGUUUUUCUCUUUGUUUCUCAGGUGUGAGGUUGUUCAUUUACCCAGGCUUCAACCCAACUAGGGCACACACAGUCUCCUAACACAACUCUCUUUCUUCCAAUAAUGUUGUCAACAGAUUGACAAAGUCAAACCAUAUACUUAGAUUUUUCCUCUGAGAUAAAUGUUGACACAUAGAUUGAAUGCAUUUUAUACAAAGUAGCUGCAGUACUUAAAUAGUCUAUUACAUUAUAUUGAAUGUAGGCCGUUGCAAGUUAAUAAUGUGGUAGAAAACAGUCACUUUAAAAUGUUUCCAGCUUUACAUAAGACAAUUUGUAAGAUAAUAAACUUUUGUAAUUGUUUCACUUGAAGAUUUCUUGGUUCUACCAUUAUGUGUGACUUGAAAACUGUGGUAACCUACAUGUACAUCAAGGAGGAAAAACUAGCACCAGCAUUUUAAAACUCAAAGGUUUUUAUUGGAAUAAAACUGUAUAAAAUACACAUUUCAUGUGGAACUGACAGUUUUACAGUACUAUUCAUGGUUUGUAGAUAACAGUCUUGUUAUUUUGCAACUGAUUGACAAAAUGACUGUACAUAAUAACUAAAGUGUAUAUCAGUUUGACAGUUUUGAGAAAAUACUAAAUUCAGCAUUCCUGUCAAUGGCUACCCCCUGGUGAAAUAAAGAUGUAUUUAUAUUUUGAA